AUGUUAUUAUUUUACGCAAUCAGACAUAAUAAUGAGACUAGAAAUAAAUAUGAAGAAAUGUCAGAAGAAGAACUAUUAGCAAAGGAGGAACAACCAAAAAUUAAAAAAUACAUAUCCAUCAAAGAAGUGCUACAUGAACUUUUAAGGGCAUUGCGUGUAAGUAUAUUUAACUUAAAACCAAUUCCUAAGAACUUUGCCAUUUGGUUUGUGAGUAUUACGAAUGGUAGAUACGGCGGCAGUAGCACACCUGACCUUUGGGCCAUUUGGUUUGUGAGUAUUAUGAAUGGUAGAUACGGCAGUAGUAGCACACCUGACUUUUGGGCCAUUUGGUUUGUGAGUAUUAUGAAUAGUAGAUACGGCAGCAGUAGCACACCUGACCUUUGGGGUUCAUCAGCAAGUUCCUGA